AUGGCGGACGAGGAGUUAACUGAUAUCAUGGUAGACAUGGAGUUUGGAGAACUGAUGAAAGACUGGAUAGAAGAUUGGUCAGAUGAUGAAAAUUCAGAUCGUGAAGAUCGGUCAGAGAAUGGGAACGAAUGGGACGAUCUUAAUAUCGAUGAGCUUGAUGAUGAUCAGGAAAACAACUCGGAGCUCUCGAAUGAAGAUUACAUUAGUCAGUUCAUUUCCGAAUGUCAUAAUGCGUACGACUAUUACGGUGAAUCCGACGUGGAGACAGGCCUUAACAACAAAUCAUUAGACGCACCUGAUUCUGGGGAGUCCCAGUCGUCGGUCAUCAUGAGUGAGAUAAUGGAAAUGACCUUUACGUCUCACGAUGCUGCGUAUGAUUUCUACAACAGCUAUGCUAGAGAUAAUGGUUUCAGCAUUAGAAAGAAUAAGGUCAGACAAGGAAAACAUGACAACAAGUUGCUAAUCGAGGAAGGACACAACCGUAGGCUCAGAGCCGAGACACGCUGCUUUUGUGAAGCGCACCUGACCGUCAAGCUUGACCAAAAGCGUGGGGUUUGGUAUGUUGAAAGUUUUGAGGACAAGCAUAGCCAUAUGUUGGCAGGACCGGACGAGGUACCUUUUCUUUGGUCCCACAGAAAAAUCAAAGAGUACCAGAAGCAUGAGAUAAUGUCCAUGGGAGCUGCAGGGAUUAGAAUUCACGACAUGAUGGAUUGCUUCAUCAGCAAACAUGUAUGGUACGGCGGUGUUGGUUUUACCAGGCGUGAAAUAUACAACCUUUGCACCAAGGAGAAGAGGAAGCUGCUUUCAAAAGGUGAUGCUGCCACAGCCAUAGGCAUCAUGGCCAGUAGGAAACAGAGGGAUCCUAGCUUCUUUUUCGAGUACAAGCUAGAUAAGGAAGGACAUUUGAAUAGGAUGUUCUGGUGCGACUCCCAAUCUCGUCAUGACUAUGAGGACUUCGGCGACGUGCUUGUAUUUGACAGCACGUACAAGAUGAACCGCUAUGGUAUGCCAUUCAUACCUUUUGUUGGUCUUAACAAUCACCGGAAGACCACUGUUUUUGGUUGUGCCAUAGUUUCGGACGAGACCGAGGAGACAUACGUGUGGCUUCUGCAGACUUUUUUGAGAAAAGUGGAGAAGGAACAAGAGUAG